AUGAAGCCGCGGGGAGUGCACGUCAUGCAUGCCUUCACUGCGCUCACCAUGCUCACUAUGGCUAAUGCUCAAACAACAUGCAACCAGGGUAUGGGCAGAGUGAUGUACGAGAGAUUACCGAACCAACAGCUGCACGGGUUUGAUGAUGAUGUUAUACGCGAAACCGCACCCCCUUUUCGAGUGCUGGAGAAAUGCCAGGACCUGUGUCUUCGGGAUCGAUCUGGGAACAGCCUCGUCCGGACCUGCAACUCCAUCGACUUCCAGCCUGGAGCCAGGAUUGCUGCCUUCAGCCCGGAGCCAGAAUACGAAGAGUCUACAUGCUACCUUACCAGAGAACAGGCGGCCCCAGAGGGCAUAGGAACCCUCAUGAUCGUACCCAACAGCGUGCACUUCAAUGAGAUCUGUUUGACAUCUAACAGGCCAGAAAGAGAAUGCCCCUCCCGUCGCUAUGUGUUCGAACGUCAUGCGCGGAAACGGCUGAAGCUCCCUUCAUCAGACCUGAAGGAAAUCAUGGUGGCCAACCGAACGGAGUGCGAGGACAAAUGCCUGGGAGAGUUCAGCUUCGUAUGCCGGUCUGCCACGUACGACUCUGCCUUAAGAACUUGCUCCCUGAGCCGGUUUACAAGACGGACCCAUCCGGAACUGUUAGAGGAUGACCAUAAUGCUGAUUACUUGGAGAAUACUUGUUUGAAUGCUGAAAGACGCUGUGACGGUCUAGCUGUGUUCAUCAAAGAGGAGAACAAGAGGUUGGGCGGGCCGUUUGAAGCCGACGUGUUCUCCAAUAUGACUCUAGAGGAGUGCCAGUCUAUGUGCGUGCGCGCAGAAAAAUACUUCUGCCGAUCCAUCGAGCAUGACGCCAUGACGCGUCAGUGUGUGCUGUCAGAAGAGGACUCGGUGUCACAGAAAGAUGACGUCACAGUCAGUGCAUCACCCACACACCACUUCUAUGAUCUUGUGUGCUUGGACAACCUCUCUCACCGGGUGACAGCUCGCGGGACCGAGUACCCGGACAACAGCGUGACGUCACACCUGUUUUCGCCCGGCCGCCGCCCGGACACCGCCUUCCAGCGGUACCGGAACUCCCGGAUAACCGGCGAGUUCCACUCCGAGAUCACCGGCCGGUCGCUCAGCGAGUGUUUGGAUGAGUGUCUGCGCCAGACGAGCUUCCAGUGCAGAUCUGCUGUGUACAGCGACCGUGCCAGAACAUGUCGGCUCAGUCGUUAUAACCAGAAGGACGGAAUGAGACUACUGUAUGACCCCGACUUUGACUACUACGAGAAUCUUAUGCAUCAAUUAGUGAGUGGAGAGACGGAGGCAGGAAGCUCUGGCGGAGGCAAGACUGGUUCCUGGGGCUCGAACUCGUCAGGUGGUAGUAACAGCGACCGGGAUCGGGAUCGGGAUCGGGACCGUGAUCGGGACCGAUAUCCGCCGGGCGUCGAUCGCGACCGAUAUCCGGACGACGAUCGGUACUACGAAGACGAUCGCUACAACCGACCGGACCGGUAUCCCGACGACAGAUAUCCGGCCGGCCCCGACUUGUACCCGGACGAUCGGUAUCCGGCAGACAGAUAUCCGGACGACAGAUACCCCCACGGCGUCGGACCCGACAGGUAUCCGGACCGUUACCCGGAUCGUUACCCUGCAGAUUAUCCGGUACCGGAGCGGGUGCCGGUCGGGAGGUACCCAGCGGAGCGAUACCCGAUCGACAGUGGACGCCCGUUGUACGAUCCUCCUAACGAUAUCGGACGGUACCCGUCCGACCGGUAUCCGAUCAGUAGAUAUCCGAUUGACGUGUACCCGGAGCGAUAUCCGGCAGAUCGGUAUCCAGCAGACAGAUAUCCGACAGAUCGGUAUCCAGCAGACAGAUAUCCGACAGAUCUGUAUCCAGCCGACAGAUAUCCGACAGAUCGGUAUCCAGCCGACAGAUUACCGACAGAUCGGUAUCCAGCAGACAGAUAUCCGACUCCUCCCAGAGCGCGGCCGUGGAACAAAUAUCCUGACAGAUACGAUAAGGACCGGUUUUCCGGUGGUGGUAGCCGGUAUCCGUUCAGCAGAUAUCCGGUCGGGGUGAAUCGGGACCCGGUUCCCCUAGGCGGUGACAGAUACCCGGAGAUGUAUGAUAAAUAUCCACCGAACGGAUCAUCAUACCCUGGUUACGGACGAGGUGGGUAUUAUAACCCUGAAUAUCCCAUUGGAAGUCGGUAUCCCACCACGGAUCGCUUCCCCGAUAGAGGCCUACGACCGGCUGGAGACAGGUAUCCCAUUGAGCCAAGACCAACAUUCGGCAUCAGAAGACCUAUCGACAGACCUGGGUAUCAAGGAGACUACCCUCCAUCAGGGAUAGACAGACCAAUAGGUGGAGGAGGCUACGGUGGUUACCACGACGAUCCCAUUGGUUCCGGUCCAGUCGCUGGUCCAGUAAACAGUCCCGUCGGCGGCGUUAUCGGUGGCCCAAUCGGAGGGCCAAUAGGGGGAAGACCACCCGUUGGCCAAAGACCAUGGCAGGGAUCCAGAUGCGAAGAUGACAGUUUCAGACAGGUUGGCAGACAACGCAUGCAGAGGCGCUUCGUGAGACGCUUCACCACCGCGCAGUCUUUGGCUCACUGUCAGAGAGAGUGUAUAGAAGCCAGAGAUUUUAUAUGCCGCUCAUUUAAUUAUAGGGAUGUCCCAUUCGGAGCGGAGCCGCGUGACAACUGUGAGCUAAGUGACCGUGACACACGCGAGCUCGAUGCCGCCAACCCUGCGCACUUCGACAACACAGCUAAUGAGUAUGACUUCUACGAGCGGGCGCUGGGACGGAUUGCUGAUGAUUGCUUGGAUGUGUCCCAAGUAUGCAACGAAGACGGUAUGGAGUUCACCCUGCGGCUACCUGAAGGGUUCUACGGGCGCAUGUAUACGUACGGCUUCUACGACCGCUGCUUCUUCCGCGGUAACGGAGGGGUUAACAACGUGUUGAGGAUCACUGGCGCACACGGGUAUCCGGAAUGUGGUACGCAACGGUACGGUGACACAAUGACGAACAUCGUGGUAGUCCAAUUCAGUGACAACGUGCAAACCUCCCGGGACAAGAGAUUCAACCUGACCUGCCUCUUCCGAGGACCAGCCGAGGCCGUCGUCACGUCCAACUACAUCGGCGCUGGACUUGGCGAUUUGAUUGACAGGUCGGGCAGUCCUAUACCCAUUGAGUAUCUACCGGAAGAGAGUUCAUUGAACUCGAAAGUUCGGCUGAUGAUUUUGUACCAGGGGCGGCCUACCACCACUAUAGCGGUGGGCGACCCGCUCACGUUCAGGCUGGAGGCCCAGGACGGGUAUAACUACGCCACUGACAUCUUUGCCACAAACGUGAUAGCAAGGGAUCCGUAUUCUGGACGCUCGGUGCAGCUUAUUGAUAGAGCUGGAUGUCCCGUAGACCCGGACGUGUUCCCGGAACUGGACAAGGGACGAAACGGGGAUUCCCUGGAGGCCAGAUUCAACGCGUUCAAGAUACCGGAGUCCAACUUCCUCGUGUUCGAGGCCACCGUCAGGACCUGCAGGGACGGCUGUCAACCUGCUUACUGUCCAAGCCACACCGGACGAUCAGAGCCCUCCUUCGGUAGGAGGAGAAGAGACACCAAUUCCACAGCCGUCAACGGCACAGAAGUCGGUGUGAAGGUGGAUACAGUCACAAGCGAGGAACAGACGAACAAGAGUGAAGCGUCAGUUUACAAGAUAUCGUUUGAAGAAGCUAAGGUUGAUAAAUUCCUGAAGGAGGAGGUGGAAUCGCCGAGUCAUGUUCGCAAGAUGAUUGAGGUGUUCGACAACCGCAACGAACUGAUAGAAGAGAACGGUGCACCUGACUCCGCGCCGGUGGUGGCAGCGGUGGGAGUGUGCGUUUCGCCCUACCACUACCGCGCGUUACUGGUUGCGCUCUGUGUACUACUGUCGCUCCUGCUGGCUAUGUUGACCGCCGCGUUGUAUAUUUACAAACGUUACUGGCGAGUGCUGCAGAAGAACAUUACGGCGUCGAGUCCCGUGCCGUCGUUGCGGCCGGCGGCGCCCGGCCCGCGUCCCGCCCGCCCUUCGCUGUUUUCCGCCUCGCAUCUACACAAACCCUUCUCACUUAACGGGUUAGGAAGAACAUACGGCGACGUAGGCGAGGAAGUGGGUUCCUCCGGGAGACUCGCAAGUGCGUUCGACGACGGCAGCGAACCGAUAUACACUGAUCCAUCUCUAUUCGAACGCUCCCGAUCCCUCAGAUCAUUACAUUCAAUGGACUUGAAGCCGGAGCGACGCGAACAUCGCUAAUACCAGAGUAGACAGAACUAAUUAGUACCUCGACUUCUAACAAACGGUCGAAAAGACGCGAGUUGGCCAUGAGUGUCAAUUUCAACAUGUUUCACUGCAGUAACGCAUUAGGGCGU